CCACGUGAAGAAGAAAAAUCAGCACAGCAGUAACUUCCUGGCUGUCGCGGAGAUCAUUGAAGAAUAAGCAGCACGUGGCUAACAAAAACUCGGUUGUUUGUGUUUGUGACUCACCCUCUCAAUAAUGCCGCUACAUCAACUUCCAGGAGAAAUCUUGCUCCAAAUCUUUGGAUACUUAAGCGUGGCUGACAAGCACAGAGUCCGGGCCACUUGCAUUCACCUCAAAGAAUUUGUUGACUGCGGACUGCUGUGGAAGGACUGGACUCCAGUGCUGAACAGCUUCAAACGUUACAAUUGUGACUUCUGGAAGUUACUGCGCCGAAGAAAAAUCAGUCAAGUGGUGAUGAGAAGCCGCACGGCGAAGGACUGGCAGUUGUUGGCUUGGUAUCUCCCUUCUCUGACCACCUUGGUUAUGGAUGAAACCUCUAACGAAAUUUUUGACUCUCUGAAGAACUUCUGCCAACUCAAGCAUUUGGCUGUGAGGGGCAGUUGCAGCUAUGUUUCGCUUAACGGUUUCACACUUCCACAAGCAGAGAGGUUGACACACCUCAGCAUCUGUAAUGUCUUUUUUAACACUGGAUCCGAACAUCUUAUUUCUGCUCUCGCAGUCUUCAGAAAUCUGAAAUCGUUAGUGUGUCAUAGCAUUGAUAAGAAUGCUGAUUUGUCAAAGGUCAUUUACUCAAUACUUUGCUGCUUUCCUCAACUGAAGCAUCUGUCUUGGAGUUGUAGCCCUACGAAAGGCGCGUUCAGAGUCCCAUCACCUUUACCACUAGAGAACCCACACCCACUAUCCAGUUUGGAACUAGAUGAGUUUCAUGAUUCACUCUCCCCUGAUGUGAUGAAACUAAUGCCAAACCUGGACUCAUUGGUUCUCCGAUGUAACAACGAUCUGUGCCCAGAUUUUUUCAGCAAGAGCCUGCUAAUAUGGCUGCGCGGCCUCCAUCGACUGUCAUCCUUGGCCAUUAGCUCGGGUCCCCGCGUUUACAUAUAUGCGGACGCCAUUCCAUCUUCAGUCAGAACUCUUACAUUUUGUCAUGAAGUAAUUAGUUUAUUGGAUAUUGUGUCAUUUGCAAGACGACUAACGAAUCUCGUCCAUCUCCAUGUUGACACCCGUUCCUCAUAUUUGGAUGAACUCCCUGCUCAUGUCCCCCAACUCUUUCCAAAUCUUCAAAUUAUCAGUAUCCGUGGUGAGAAUGUGCUGGAAGAGGAUUUUUUAGACCUUCACAACAUGGCAGACCUGAAGUACGUGGAGAUGCUGGAUAGCUGGCCUGAAUUACCUGAGUUGGCUGCAAAAUUCCAUGAGCUCACAGACAGCCGGAUCCUAAUCAGAACCUCACAACAAAUAGACAAUUUGGACUGUCAGUGUUAUAGAAACGGCCUCACAUUUCACCGUUUAACAUCAAAAAACAUCUUUGAAUGAACAAAUGUGGCGUUAUGUGCUUGAAAAAAAUAAAGUCAUAGACUUCGCUAUCAGUUGAUGAGACGGCUCCUACAGACCUUGCACCACGGCUUCCCGUAGGGGGCCGGGCCAGGCAUGAAGAGCGUCGUGAAGCGUCGUUCUAACGCCGGAUUUAGGUGGAAACGGAAAAAGGACGAAGGUUUUAGUGCAUACAAGCAAGUAGGAGUAUCUUAAAAGUGAUUUUGUCGAGGAUUAAAGGUAAUUAUAAA